AUUGGGCUCGUUCUGUGGCUAGAGCUCCAUGUGAAAGAAUGCCUGCUUGCUAUUGAUAAACUACCAGUGGAUGUCGUUGUUUUCGCUCCCUCUGUGUGUGGAAUGACACUCUCCGUCAGGGCACAGAAUGACCUCGAGCUAGCAAGAGUUGUGCACGUCAUUCACUUUCUAUGCAGACACAAGGCGCAGAGACAGAGAGUCCCAAAGGAAAGGGAGACUCUCCUCGAUGCCGGGGAUCCUUCGUCGUAAGUAUCGAGGCUACACUGUGAAGGGAGAACAAAAUGCUGUUGAGUUUUUGGGAGUUUGUAUGCGCUUUUCUGGGUCUAAGCUGCCUGGUGGAGGGAGUCCGCGGAGGAUAUGGCAUGAGCAUGUUCGCAGCCCAGCAGACUCCCCCAGAUCCCUGCUACGACGAGAACAGCAACCCCAGGCGCUGUAUCCCUGACUUCGUCAACUCCGCUUUCGGCAAGGAAGUGAAAGUUUCCAGCACUUGCGGCAAACCCGCGUCGAGGUACUGUGUGGUGACGGAAAAGGGAGACGAGCGGUUCAGGAAUUGUCACAUCUGCGACGCCAUGGACCCGAAGAAGGCUCAUCCCCCAGCCUACCUGACCGAUCUCAACAACCCUCACAACCUAACCUGCUGGCAGUCGGAGAAUUACAUCCAGUACCCUCAAAAUGUAACCCUGACUCUCUCUCUGGGCAAGAAAUUCGAAGUCACAUACGUCAGUCUGCAGUUCUGCUCCCCGCGACCAGAAUCGAUGGCUAUCUACAAAUCGAUGGACUACGGAAAAUCCUGGGUGCCUUUUCAGUUCUAUUCCACUCAGUGUAGAAAAAUGUACAACAAACCCAACAAGGCUGUAAUCACAAAACAAAACGAGCAGGAGGCCAUCUGCACCGACUCCCACACCGACAUGCAUCCGUUCACAGGGGGCUUGAUCGCUUUCAGCACCUUGGACGGUCGCCCCUCGGCACACGAUUUUGACAACAGCCCUGUCCUUCAAGACUGGGUCACUGCUACAGACAUCAAGGUGGCCUUCAGCCGUCUCCAUACCUUCGGCGAUGAGAACGAAGACGAUUCGGAACUAGCCAGGGAGUCCUAUUAUUACGCAGUCUCCGAUCUACAGGUCGGUGGCCGUUGCAAGUGCAAUGGCCACGCGUCCAGGUGCGUCAAGGAUCGAGAUGGCAACCUGGUCUGUGACUGUAAACACAACACUGCCGGCCCAGAAUGUGACCGAUGUAAGCCUUUCCACUACGACCGACCCUGGCAGAGAGCCACGGCCAGAGAGUCCAACGAGUGUGUAGCGUGUAACUGCAAUCUGCACGCCCGUCGGUGCCGGUUCAACAUGGAGCUCUUCAAACUUUCUGGUCGGAAGAGCGGAGGAGUCUGCCUGAACUGCCGCCACAACACAGCAGGUCGCCACUGCCACUACUGCAAGGAAGGUUACUAUCGUGACAUGACAAAGCCCAUCACUCAUAGAAAGGCGUGCAAAGCAUGCGAUUGCCAUCCGGUGGGUGCUGCUGGCAAAACCUGUAAUCAAACCACAGGUCAAUGUCCCUGUAAAGAUGGUGUGACUGGCAUCACGUGCAACAGAUGUGCAAAAGGUUAUCAGCAAAGCCGAUCUCCCAUUGCCCCUUGCAUAAAAAUUCCCGUGGUCCCACCUACAACUGCUUCCAGCAGCACAGAGGAAUCUGCCGACUGUGACUCAUACUGCAAGGCUUCCAAGGGAAAACUGAAAAUAAAUAUGAAAAAGUACUGCAAGAAAGAUUAUGCUGUUCAAGCCCAUAUCUUGAAGGCAGAGAAAGCUGGUGAAUGGUGGAAGUUUACAGUGAAUAUCAUCUCAGUGUACAAACAAGGGGUGAAACGGAUACGGCGUGGAGACCAAUUCCUUUGGGUCCGCUCAAAAGACGUCGCCUGCAAAUGCCCAAAAAUAAAAACAGGGAAGAAGUACCUACUCUUAGGGAAUGACGAAGAUUCUCCUGACCAGAAUGGGGUUGUUGCAAACAAAACCAGCUUGGUGAUACAAUGGAGGGACACGUGGGCAAGGAGGCUGCGGAAGUUCCAACAGCGAGAGAAGAAAGGCAAGUGCAAGAAAGCAUAAAGGGAGACUGUGCUGCUUGACUGUAAGCAAGAGUGAUGUUAGGAUAAAUUAGGAACCUGUGAAGGAACUUAUCUAGCAGUUGGGAUUUUGGAAUUGCCAAUUUUGCACCUAAUGCUGAUUUCAAAUUCAAAAAAUAAACAAGGAUACAAAAAAAAAGAUGGACUACUCUUUGCAUAACAGCUGCAAAUGUUCUAAAAAGAAGAACAUUUGUUUCAUAACCAAAAUCCUUUCACAAUUGCUCUUCUCUGCAUAACGCAGUAUGGUUUUUGUUAAAGGGGCACACCAAUACAAACUGUUGAUAGCUGGGAGUCAUGCCAAAACUGGUUUGAUCCCAACAUAAGCUGUUAACUUCUAGCUGUGCAGUUAACCUAAAAUGUGGCAGUCUCUAUUUCCUUCCCUUGCCCUGUUUACAUUUGACACAACAUUCAGUGUUACAUACUGAGCUGGUCUGCCAAGAAACUUCUGGCAAUCAAAGUGGACAUUGUAUUCCUUAUUAAAUAUUUUCAGAAACAGAUAACUUAAAAACUUGUAAAAUGCCAUAGCUAUACUUUGUGUCUUUUCAGUUCAUCCCAACAUUUACCUCACAUUUAUUAAGCCUGUUGGUUUCUCCUUAAUUCUAAACUAGUAAUUCUUGAUUAAAGAUGAAAACUCCAUGUCCCUCUGAUAAAUUCUCUAAGUUUGUUCUCAACAAUUUUACAGAUGAAUUCUGAUAAACUAAAUCCUGUCCAAAAAAGACUGGCAGUAAAAUAUCCUGAAAUCAAACUCAUGCUAAAAUAUAAAUGUAAAAAGAGAAGAAAAAGUACCCUUUCAGUAUAUGAUUACUGAAAUAAAGCUAUAUUUUCGUUUCAAGUGAAUUCUUUUACAGGUUCACAGAAUCACUGCACAAGAACACAAUAACAAAUUCACCAUCAUUUCUUGUAUUUCUCUUCAAAUCUUAACAUAUAUUCAAAGUCAUUAAAGUUUCUAUUUGUAUAGUUAGUCCUUCAUUAAAAGCCUUGGAUAGAUUUGAACAUACUCUCGACUGGAAAUAUAACAUUUGUUGUUAAAAAGAACAAGUAGAGGAUGUACUGUACCUAAUUCCUCUCCCUACACCCGACAGGCCUGGUGGGUCAGAUCCAUCACCUGAACAGUCAACUUCACACCUAGAUCUCUUUUGUAACGGUGUCAAUGAUUACAAGCAACAAUUUACUGCUUGUUCCAGUGACCAAUUUCAGUUCCAAUGGGGCAAAGUGACAUUUCAACCUUGUGAUCACUAUCUCCGUCAAGCAACCAACUCAGGUCGCACAAAUGACCCUUGCCUUUGCUGUGACCCUGUUUACAAGUAUGUGCAGCUCAUUCUCUAAUCAAUCAUAACCGCAGACUAAAAAAUAAAAAGUAGAAAAAAAAACUAACCUUAAACCAGUACAUUUGACCACUUAAGACUGUAUAAAGAUGAGGUCUUAGCCUAAAAUUAAGAGGUACUAAAGAA